UACCACCUAGUUAAGCAAAGGUACACACCGAAUAAAAAGUGAAAGUCCAAUAUCUCAGCAACCAACAUUCACUCAUCUUUUAAGCCUUUUAAACUUUUAUUCCCUACAAUAUAGUGUCUUCAUAUACAGCUUCAUUAUAAAUAUUUCUAGAACCCCUUCAUUUUCCAUUCAAGCACACACCUAAAAUCAGAGCCAAACAAACAAAAGUCAUGGACUGGUUUUCUUGGCUUUGCAAAACAGGGCUAGAGCCCUCUCUUGUUUAUGAAUAUGGCCUAGCUUUUGCUCAUAAUGAGCUCGAACACGAAGAUAUCGUUUACUUCAACCACGAAUUUCUUCAAAGCAUAGGCAUUUCCAUUGGCAAACACAGGUUAGAAAUUCUCAAACUUGCCAAGAAAGAAAGAGGAACCAUUCCAAAUUCCAUGUCCAGAUUUCUUCAAGUGAUUAAACGAACAAAAAGGCGUUUAUCGAAUUAUGUAAGGAACUGGGGACACAAUGAAGAAUUAGCUCUUGCUUUAGUACCAAAAAGAAAUGGCAAUUCCAGAUGGAAAAAUUCAAUGGUGAAGAGGAACAAGAAGGUUGUUGCAGUUAAGCAGGAUACGUUGUUGCUCACAAAUGGGAGUCAUAAUUUCAGUUCAGAUUCAAGAAUGAAUAGUUUCUCUAGUCCAAUGGUUUAUGAUGGAAAAAUGGCAACAGAUUAUUGGGGAGCGUAUGCAGUUGAAGAGAUCAGGUGGGAUACUAUGUUUCAGAAUUUAAAACCAACUUAAAUUUUCUUGCUUUCUUGAUGUAAUUUCAAUAGUGAAAGAUGGACAAAAUUCCUUCAAAUUUUAAUCAGAGGUCUUGAGUUCGCGAUUUGCCUCUCAACCUCUCAAGGUAGGGGUAAGAUUUGCAUAAACUCUAUCCUCCCCAAAACCACUUGUGGAAUUAUGUUGUUGUUGUCGUCUCGAGUUAGAGAUUUAGGUAUGGAAAAGAUUCUAAUAGGAAAUUGUUUCCUUUUCAAUAGCCUUAUACAACGCGAAUUCGAAGUGGUAACGACUUUAAUGAAGGUAUCAGAUUUCGGGUGAAAAACAAAUAAAAUCGUGAGAGAAGGAUUUUGGGGUUCUUCCACCAAAUCCUCUUUUAACUUUUUAGAAUUUCUGUAAUUUGGGGUUUGCUCAAUUUUUUUUAACCUUAGUGGUGGGCACAAGGAGAAAGCCACCCAUGAAUGUAUAUAGUGUGUGUGAAUGAGAUUGUUUCCAUGAUGUUUACAUCAUUACAUGUUCCCUUAUCUUUUUUAUUUGUGCAAAGAUCCGAAGAUAGUGAUGUCGAUGGGACAUAUCGUGUUAUUUAAUCUGUUAUAGUACCAUGUGCAGAACUCAUUAUAACAUA